AGCAUCUGUGGCAUUACUGGGAGCUGUUCUCAGGUCAGUGGAAGCCCUCUUAUGCAGGCUCACAGGAGAAGCUUGGCAGAACCAGGAGUUGCCUGCUCCUCCAUACUGUCAUACUGCUCCUCAUGAUGCCAGGGAGUGUGAGCCGCAAGCUGGAUACACACAGCCUGGUGACGCCAACAUGUGUUAUACACAGUUUUCUUCAAUGAAUAUGACCAAAGCAGAGCAAGCUCCUUGUCUAAGUGACCAUGACCUGUCCAAGCUUGUCAGCAUAUCUCCUCUAUUCAAGACCCUGCAGGAGAUACAACAGUCUUUACAGAACCUUACAACAACUGGCUCGGAUCAGCAUCUUCAUAAUGAGCAUUGUGUCGUUGAUGCCCAGAACCACGAUAGGCCUCUAGUCCCGACUGCCCUGGACAACCUCUCCCCUCAACACUCGGCUGUUUUCCUGUUUGGUUGCCAGGUGAUGCAGUUGCUCGCAGACUGCCCCCUGUUUCCUUCCGCGCUCCUGCUACUGGCCAAGUCGAUCCCUGUUUCCUCAUCUUCCUCUAAUGAGGCUUUACUGGCGCAUUGUUCAGGGGACUUUCAUUUUGAUUCAACCAAUCAAAUCCUUUAUCUGUCAGAGGCAAAGCUUCAGCAUGUGGGACAUUUCAUCGCUACUAUUCUGCAGGCUAUGGCCUACAUAGCAUCAGGAUCCAAACCUCAGGGCUUUAUGAAAGCUCUCCAUGAGGCCAUUUCAGCUGUAAGCCUUCAGCUGUUGAACAUUUCUUUCAAAUGGAACACAGCAGAAUCGGAAUUUGAUGCUUCAGAGAGUCACGGUGCAUUUGUUGAGGAAUUUCUUAACAUUAGAGUUCCCACUGAAGGGCUGUUCACUGAGCAGCUGUUAGCUAGCAGACUUCAAAAAUAUAAAUAUUUCAAGUUAGAGCAGCUCGUCACAAACCUGAAACGGAGUUCAACUGACAGCACGGACACAGGUUUACCACCAAAAGGGACACCAAUGCAGAUGUCCUGCAUAGAGGAAGAAAUCGACCGCAUGACUGAGUCUUUUCUGCAGCUGAGUGUGCAGCUGCAGAAGAGAGCUCAAAUGAGCUCAUGGCUGAAGGAGAGAGAGAGGAGUGCUGGCAACCAUUCUGCGAAUGCAACACCAACCAGCAUGCCAAGCCUGAGUCGUAGUGGAACAAUCCUGCUGGAACUGAAGAGGCGCUAUGUAUCACAGCGCCUCAAUGAGCUCCAAAUCACAUUAGGCCACAUCAGACAGAGCCAGCAGCAUGACAGCAAGUCAAGAGACAUGACAAUAAGCAGCUCACAAACAGACAGCAUCACCACUCAGCAGGGGAAGGGGGAUCUUUACCCUGGCAUAGAAGGAUGCAGUCCUGCUGGCGGCCAGCGGAAGGAUAGUAUUCAGGCUAGCGAGGAUCACAGCCAACAAAAAGAAAAGAGCAGAGGUCUUGGUAACUCUAAACUGGAGAGUCAUAUUUCCCACCAGCAGACCAUCGACUCUGUUCAAAGACACAACCCUGAUACAUUACUGGACUGCCAGAUGCUGGAGAGCCAAGAUCAGCUGCAUUUUAAUGAAAGCAUGAUCACACAAGACCACAUAACGGGACACACAGAUAUUGAUGACAUGUGGGAGCCCAAUGAUCAGUUACUGGAUCUGAAUGUAAAUCAAUCCUGAGGAAUGUGUUUCUCUAGCUUUUUGUGCCUUGUUGUUGUUCUUUAAAUAGCUUUACUAUCUAUGUACAGUUUAAUAUGCUGUCAUGUUUGUUGAAGGAUGACUCAAGUGACCUCUACUCUAAAAAACUGCUGUUCUGUUGUGUUCUUUUGAAUUAUCUGUGACCCAGAACAGAAAUAAUGUCUGGCAACAAGAGGUGUGACACAAUCUGUCAUCUUCUCCAAACUGUUUCUCAGGCAGGAUUUAAUACCAACCCUUCCGACAGGCUCUGUUCAUUACCAUAUUAUAAUUAAGACAAUAAACUUCAGCUUAAUAAACACAAAGUGACACUUGUGCUUCUGUGUUGGUUCUUGUUCACAACAACCUCCCCCUCUUGUAGAGGUGAAGACCCACAUGUCCUCAUGAAUAUUUAAUAUUUAACUCGAACAAUUUUUUCGCUGUUUCGCACACAUGUAGGUCCUCUAACCUUUCUUCCCGAAGCAGUCGGGUUCAACAUUUAAUUCAAUAGCAGUUACUAGACGUAAAAUCUUGUAAGAGAAGUCUUUGCUGCACAAAUGCUGACUUCUUCUGCUUUGGUGGUUUUUCUGACGCACUAAGUUCUGGGUCUUAUAAUAGAAAGUAAGUAUUCCUAAACAGGGCCAUGAGCCAACUCAGAAGGUCAGAGGGAACAAGUCUUCACUUACUAUCAGUGUUAGCUCAGAGCUCUUUGCCAAGUCCCCGGGGUUGAAUCUGGCAGUGCCCUGUAGCUGUGUGUGUGUGAGGGGGGGGGGUGUGGUUCAGUGGCUGCCUGAGAAUAUCUGCCUUAUCAAUUAGAUUAGCUGCUAUGUGCCGCUGACGUGGCCUGUGUGUGUGUGUCUGCCUCACAGCAGCACAUGCCAUCAUAAAACUCCAAGCUGAGAUUCUCCGGAGCCGUGUGUGUAUUUUUGUGUGGGAACAUGCAGUGGUACAACAUUAUGCUUGCUCUAGUUGUUUAGAUCCACACAAAUGCUAUUUUUAGGAA